UUCUUCAACAACAACAGCAGCUAGUCAGCCACCUCGAUAGUUUACUAGCCAACAAAGCCGAAACAUUAAAGCUAUUUAGACUGCUCCGGUGUAUUACUAGCUAUAUUUUAAACACACUUCUGUCGUAUCUACUUGUUACCACAUUUAAUUUAAUAUUCAUGCCUACGUUGUUAGUUACCGUAGUCAUCUACCUGGCUGGUUAAGUUAGCAGUAGCACUAGGCUAAUCGUUAAUGCUAACUAGUUAGCUAGAUAACAUCCUCGACCAUGAGCUCACUAAACUACUGCCCUCCUGCUAAAGAAGAAGAGGUUCGUUGGACUGAGAAAGAGGGUCUGUGGCUGAACGUUGUCGUGAAAGAAGAGAAGGAAGAGGAGGAUAAUGUCUCGGUAAAAAAAGUAGAGGGUGAGGCGGUUACAGUUAAAGAAGAAGAGAAAGACGUUACAGUGAAAGAAGAAGUUACGGUUAAGGAAGAGGAGGAAGAGAAAGAGGUAGAUGCAGUUUAUGGAGUGAAAGAGGAGGAGGAUGAGAUUACCGUUACAUUGGGGGAGGAGGAAGAAGAAGAACAAGAAGAGGAGACAGGAGAUCUGAUUAACACCAGAGAGAGACCAGACUCUCACUCUGACAGCGGGAAGAGUCCUUCAGGGGAACCAGACCCAGAGACGCCCAAACCAGCAAGAAAACACCACUGUACCCUCUGUGGAAAGAGUUUUACUAAGUUAGGCAACCUGAAAGCGCAUGAGAUAAUACACACAGGAGAGAAGCCUUACCACUGCUCCCAAUGUGGAAAGAGUUUUACCUGGAUAGGGAACUGGAAAACACAUGAGAAAAUACACACAGAAGGGAGGAAGACUUUCCACUGCUCCCAAUGUGGAAAGAGUUUUACCAAGUCAGGGUCCCUGAAAAUGCAUGAGAGAAUACACACAGGAGAGAAGCCUUACCACUGUUCCUAUUGUGAAAAGAGUUUUAGGUGGUUAGUGACCCUGAAAACGCAUGAGAAUACCCACACAGGAGCAAAGCCCUACCAAUGCUCCCUGUGUGGAAAGAGUUUUACCCAGUUAGGAGGCCUGAAUAGACAUGACAGGACACACACAGGAGGAGAUAAGACCUACCACUGCUCCCACUGUGGAAAGAGAUUUAACCGGUUAAGACAUCUGAAUAAGCAUGAAAGAAUACAUACACAGGAGGAGAAGACAUACCACUGCACUCAUUGUGGAAAAACAUUUUCCCAGUCAGAGGACCUGAAAUCACAUGAGAGAGUAGAGAGGCUGUGUUCGGACUUAUGUUUUUGACUGAGAAUUUGUGUUUUUGUUCAUGGGCCAUUCCACGGUAACGGAGUGAUCCUGAGACUCACCUUUUCACUUUAAAAUGUAUGCCAAGAAAAAAACAUUGCUUGCAAAGUUUAACAAACAAUACACCUACAGUACCAGUCAAAAGUUUGGACACACCUACUCAUUCAAGGGUUUGUCUUUAUUUUUUUACUAUUUCCUACAUUGUAGAAUAAUAAUGAAGACAUCAAAACUAUGAAAUAACACACAUGGAAUCAUGUAGUAACCAAAAAAAGUGUUAAACAAAUCAAAAUUAAUUUUACAUUCUUCAAAGUAGCCACACUUUGCCUUGAUGACAGCUUUGCACACUCUUGGCAUUCUCUCAACCAGCUUCACCUGGAAUGAUUUUCCAAUAGUCUUGAAGUAGUUCCCACAUAUGAAGAAUACUUGUUGGCUGCUUUUCCUUCACUCUGUGGUCCAAUUCAUCCUAAACCAUCUCAAUUUGGUUGAGGUCGGGUGAUUGUGGAGGCCAGGUCAUCUGAUGCAGCACCCUGCUUGGUCAAAUAGCCUUUACACAGCCUGGAGGGGUGUUUUGGGUGUGUUUUGGGUCAUUGUCCUGCUGAAAAACAAAUGAUAGUCCCACUAAACAGAUGGAAUGGUGUAUCGCUGCAGAAUGCUGAUCUGCCCUGCGGUUGGAACCAAAAAUCUCAACUUUGGACUCAUCAGAGUUCAAAUUUCCACCGGUCUAAUGUCCAUUGCUCGUAUUUCUUGGCCGUAGUAGUGGUUUCUUCGCAGCAAUUUGACCAUGAAGUCCUGAUUCACACCGUCUCCUCUGAACAGUUGAUGUUGAGAUGUCUGUUACUUGAACUCUGUAAAGCAGUUAUUUGUGCUGCAAUAUCUGAGGCUUGUAACUCUAAUGAAUUUAUCCUUGAGCAGAGGUAAUUCUGGGUCUUCCUUUCCUGUGGCUGUCCUCAUGAGAGCCAGUUUUAUUAUAGUGCUUGAUGGUUUUUGCGACUGCACAUUAAGUUUCAAAGUUCUUGAAAUUUUCCGUAUUGACUGACCAUGUCUGAAAGUAAUGAUGGACUGUCGUUUCUCAUUGCUUAUUUGAGCUGUUCUUACCAUAAUAUGGGCUUGGUCUUUUACCAAAUAUCUUCUUUAUACCACCCCUGGCUUGUUACAACACAACCGAUUGGUUCAAACUGAUUAAGAAGGAAAUAAAUUCCACAAAUUAGCUUAUAACAAGGCACACCUGUUAAUUGAAAUGCAUUCCAGGUGACUACCUCAUGAAGCUGGUUGAGAGAAUGCCAAGAGUGUGCAAAGCUGUCAUCAAGGCAAAAGGUGGCUAUUUGAAGAGUCUAAAAUAUAAAUAUAUUUUGAUGUUUUAACACUUUUUUUGAUUACUACAUGAUUCCAUAUGUGUUAUUUCAUAGUUUUGAUAUCUUCACUAUUAUUCUACAAUGUAGAAAAUAGUAAAAAAAAAAAAAAAAACCUUGAAUGAGUAGGUGUGUCCAAACUUUUGAUCGGUGCUGUACAUUUAGAGGCUUAUUUGGACAUUAUCUGACUGUUUGACUGAAUGAAUCAGAAAUUGCUUUUAAUGUAGAUGUUUAGUUUGUGUGAAGUUUGUCUCAUUAAAAUUCCCGAACUUAUCAACA